AUGAAACAUGACAGUGACAACUAUUUUUUUAAUAGAUUCAAAGAUGGAUUGUCAACCCUCAAUGUGCUUCAGAAAAUUAUAGAAAGUCCAUCAGCGUUUGAACCUUAUUUGUGCUUCAGUACUCAAAGUCUCAGCUCUGAGCUCAUUGAAAGCAUCUUCAGAGUUGAAUUUAGUGUGGCGGGUAGCAACAAGAGACGCGAAGAAGGAAGGAUAGCAUCUUACUGGGCAGAUUAUCUGCUAGAUAUUGAAGGUAACAUCUCGUCUACAGAUCCAACUUUAGAAGAUAUUGUCAUGUUUGCAACAGGACUGAAGAUGAUUCCACCACUGGGAUUUGAGCCAAGGCCAACAAUAAAAUUCCUGCAUGAUAAUUCCCCGUUUCCAACUGCCAACACUUGCAGCAAUACAUUAUGCUUGCCACUACAUUCAUCAUAUGACAGUUUCAAAUUUCAUAUUAGCUUUGGAAUUUUGAAUUCUCCAGGCUUUGGGCUUUAUUGAUCAACAAUUUGUUUAUCUUUAAAUGCAAAAUGCUGUUUAAUUGAAAGGCAAUUUAUUGAUGUUGGCUGACUGUUUUAUUAAUAAGGUUGACAAUAUAAAUGAAGUAUUUUGCACAUACAAAGUAUACAUUGUUCCAAGCUAUUGUUACUGCUGGUGGUUAACAGAUUGAAGUUCUUCAGUCAAAAUUUCUGUACUUUAUGGCAAGCCAAAUUAACAUUUAGUGAUAUCUCAAAAUGAAUUACAGAUAUCUAAAAAUGCAUCUAUUUUAAGAAAUCUAAAAAGCAUUUUAUGAUAUUUCAAAUAGAU